AUGAGUUCAGUCCCUACUCUUUGUGAAGGACUUCGGGCGAAACUUGCAGAGUACCGCAAAAAACGAGGUUUUAACCCCACACAAUGGAUUGAGAGUAAAUGUGCGAAACUAAAUGAGUAUAUGUUGAAGAGUGGGUUAAAGGUGUGCGUUACUAGUGUAUCUGGUGGAAUUGAUUCUGCAGUGGUGGUGGCUUUGUGUUCACACGCGCAGCGUAUGCCCAAUAGUCCAAUUGUAAAGAAUAUUGGUCUAUGUCAGCCUAUAUGCAGCAGUGCAUGGGCGCUAGAGCGGGGGCGUGAGAAUAUUCAGGCCUGUGGAGCAGUGGAGAUUGUUGUGGAUCAAACUGCAUUGCAUGCUGAACUUUCAAAAACGAUUGAGAAAGCUGUUGGGAUUACCGGAAAAGAUUUUGCCCGUGGACAACUUCGGAGUUACAUGCGCACUCCAACGGCCUAUUAUGUAGCACAGUUGUUUGGCCAAGAAGGGACUCCUGCCAUUGUUAUGGGUACUGGAAAUAUGGAUGAAGAUGGUUAUUUGGGUUACUUCUGUAAGGCCGGUGAUGGUGUGGUGGAUGUCCAACUUAUUUCAGAUCUACACAAGAGUGAGGUGUUUCUGGUGGCCAAAGAGAUUGGGGUACCUGCGAAUACUAUACAUGCCCCUCCCUCUGCAGAUUUAUGGCAAGGACAAACGGAUGAAGAGGAACUUGGAUUUCCCUACGAUUUUGUGGAGCUUUACACAGGCUGGUAUGUAUCGCUUGGAAAGGAUGAACAGCAAUCGUUUCUUGAGUCACUUUCAGUGGAGGAUCGUCAGCAAUUUGAAGAAUAUAUGAAGAAAUGCGAGAAUGUUCAUCGUCGAAAUGCACAUAAACUAAAGGGUGUCAUCAACCUUUAG